UUUAUUUAAAGUCGCUUCCCUUCCUCCGCCGAGGAGGCGGCGGAGAUAUUGGUACCCGGUAAUUUCUAGUGUUAGGGUUCUUAGCCAUGGAUUCCGAGUUUCAGGUUUGGGUGCGAUGGGAAGAAGAGAUAGUGUCGAACGAUCGUGGGCGGCGAGAGGUGCAUUAUUAUGUCAGGGACGACUGCGGCGGACGAGAUCUGGCGGUUGUAGGGAGGGAGAAAAGUGUGCGCCACAUGGCGUAUGCUGUUCCGGCGAAGUUUUAUCAGUCUCUGAUUAGUUUGUCGGAUACCGCUUCGCCUUCCGGGGUUAACUCGGCGGCGGCUGCACUGCCGUCGGAUCUGAAGUUGCGAACACGGAGACAGGUUGUGGAUUGGCUCUCCUUGCUUGUAUCAGAUUCCACGCCAUAUGGAUUGGACCCUGUGUUGGACAGAUACUCUGAUGAUGAAGAUGCCUCACCAGCCAGUAUUCCUGUUUCCAAGGUUCUUUCCUCGGGACGAAUGAGGCACCAUUCGGAAGAGUUUUCAUGGUUAGGUUCUUCAUGGAAUUGUAAGAAACGCCGGAAGCAUUAUCAAUCAUUUUGCAGAAAUGGAAUUACGAUAUCUGUUCAUGACUUCAUCUAUGUUCUGUCAGAAGAUAAUAAGAGGCUUGUUGCAUAUAUUGAAGAUUUAUAUGAGGAUGUGAAGGUCAAUAACAUGGUUGCGGUACGGUGGUUUCAUAAAGUUGAUGAGAUUAGUAUUGUUUUGCCACCCGACACUAAUGACAGAGAGAUUUUCUUUUCUCUUUGUCUCCAAGAUGUCAGUGUUGAAUGCGUAGAUGGGUUGGCAUCUGUACUUGGUUUUGAGGAUUUUGACAAGUUUCAGAAAGAGGCACUGCACAGAUACAGCUCCUGGGAACCUUUUCUUUGCCGCAGACAGAUUGACAAAGAAGAAGUUAAGACUUUUGAUAUCACUCAAGUCCAAGGUUACUGGGGUCAGGAUCUUCUUCGUUCCAUGUACCCCUCCUGUUUUAAAUUACGGUUGAAGAUAAAAGGCCAUGGUUCUACUGUAGAUGGCAACAAAAAUAGCUUUGAUUUUCAGGGAAAUUGCAAGAGAAAACCUCUCUCAAAUAGUGGAGGCGUUGAUGAUGGCAAAUCAAAGGUUUUGAGUGUUGGAAAUAGAUUGGAAAGGCAUGAUCGAGUUAAGUCGUCGGCUGCCCUUUUCAGGAGGGGGUUGGUAAAGCAGGUAGACUCCCAGCAUCAGAAUUUGAUAACUUCUGGGUUGGGAAUUGAAGUGCUUUCGCAGGACAGUGGCAUCAGGGGCUGCUGGUUUUGUUGUGUGGUUCUCAAAAGACGCCGUGAUAGAAUCAAGGUUCAAUAUCGAGACGUCGAAGACGCCGAUGGAACUGGCAAUUUAGAGGAAUGGGUUUCAACAUCAAGGAUUGCUACUACAGACAAAUUGGGCAUUCACAGAAGUGGAAGGCGAAUGGUUCGCCCAAGCCCACCAAAGAAAGAUGAGAGUUUUUGCAGUUAUGAAGUUGGGAAAGCUGUGGAUGCAUGGUUGCAUGAUGGGUGGUGGGAAGGGAUUGUUAUCAGCAAUGACAGCGAGGGAAAAAUUCAUGUAUAUUUCCCAGGAGAGCAGCAAGUAUCCAGCUUUCGUCCUGCGGACCUGAGACCCUCUCAAGAUUGGGUUGAAAACAAAUGGAACUACAUCAAGGCCAGGCCAGAUAUUGCGACUCUUCUACUCUCAGAACUAGAUCAUGAAAAGUGCAGUGAUUGCGUUACCUUCCAGGCUUCGCCCUCUGUGGUUCAAACUGAGGCAGCACCUAGGCAAGAGAAAGGAGAUCGCUCGCCUCCUUUAGGCCGCGCUGAAGCUUGCAGAUCGCAGCUUGUUAGGAAUCCUCUGUUGGUAAAGAGGGAAAGAAAUGAGUCCGACCUUGUCGGGAGUUACUUCCAUGAUGGCUUGAGGUGGAGCUCCUCAAGGAAAAGGAAGUUUUGUAGUAGUAAAAGACGCCGUAUUGAUUUUAGCCACAAAUGCAGCGACAAAAGUAGCACAUUUAUAAUACCAAAAUCAUUGAAGGUGGUUGAACAAGAUAACUGCAAGAGUGGCGGGGAUCCUUUGUUUGGCGCACCCAUGACCUUCUGCUCAAACUUAGUCAUGACUUAGAUGACUGGUUUCUCAGCUGUAUAGUAGAAUUUACAGAUGUUAGGUAGGUUUUUUUUCUCCUAGUUUUGAUAGUGUAUCAACUAUGACAGUGGCAACUGCAUUGUUUGGUUUUGGAGUUAAAUGACCUCAAAUUGCUGAUCACUUAUAUUCAAAAUGAGGAAUUUGGAUAGUGGAGAGUGGAGCAAUCUUUGUACAAUGCUUUGUAUCCAUAAUCUUAGCUUAGAAUGGACUGAAAUGGUGGAAAAUCUAACCGAGUUCAUCAGAUGAAUUGCUGGUAACCUUUCUUCUUACCAAGUAAUCUUGAUGCAGCAGUUUUGAAUGCAGCUGAAAUAGAUUAUCUCCAUUUUGGCAUCUCUGUACUUUACUAUGUUCUGUUAACAAUUGUUUUCUUGGUGGUUUA